AUUAGACUUGAUUAACAAAAUUCAACGUUUAGGAGUCCAUUAUCAAUUUGAAAAGGAGAUUGAAGCUUCACUGGAACACAUAUUCGAGGCAUACGAUGAAUUCAAUGCGGAGGACGAUGAGAGGGACAUUUAUAUUGUCUCUUUGUGCUUUCGACUAUUUAGACAAGAAGGGUAUCACGUAUCUGCUAAUGUGUUUGAAAAAUUUAUGGAUUGUAAUGGAAAGUUCAAGGAAUCAUUGAUCAACAAUGUUCCAGCACUGUUGAGCUUGUACGAAGCAUCACAUCUUAGGGUGCAUGGGGAGCAAGUUUUAGAAGAAGCAUUGACAUUUACCACUUCUCACCUAGAAUCCAUACUUCCAAACUUGAACAAUACUCUUAGAUCACAAGUUAGUGAAGCACUAAAGCAGCCGAUUCGAAAGAGAUUAAUAAGGCUUGACGCACAAAAAAUCAUAUCAACUUUUGAGCCAAAUGGAACAACAGAUGCUUUAUUGCUGAAAUUUGCAAAAUUGGACUUCAACUUGUUACAAAAAGAACAUCAAAGGGAGCUUGGUUGUCUUACCAGGUGGUGGAAAGGAUUAGAUGUCCCAAAUAAAUUGUCUUUUGCACGAGAUAGAUUUGAAGUUUCUUCUAAAAGUUCUUAG